UGCAGGCCAUGCCUGAGGGUAAUCUCCAGGCCAUGUGCACACAGCUUCUGCUGAAUUGCAGGCCUGUGGAUUAAGGAGUGAGCUUUAAAAGUUCCUCCACGUCGUUCAACUGCCCCUCUUUUGUCCUUCUCCAUUCUCUGCUGCUGGAGCUUCAAGACAACACUAACCAGGCACAAUGAACCAGAAAGUGGUGCUCAUCACAGGCUGCUCCUCUGGGAUUGGUCUUGCCUUGGCUGCCCGCAUAGCAAAAGAUGAGAAGAAGAGGUUCAUGGUCUACGCCACCAUGAGGAACCUAAGUAAGGGUGAGGCCCUGGUUGAAGCAGCAGGUCGAACUCUGGGCAGGACCCUGGAGAUCAAACAGCUGGAUGUAUGUGACGAGAACUCCAUCAAAGAGUGUGUGGACAGCCUGCCUGAGCGCAGGGUGGACAUUCUCAUAAGUAAUGCAGGGAUGGGUAUGAUUGGACCCAUUGAGUGUCAGUCAAUUGAUGAGAUGAAGACCGUCAUGGAUACCAACUUCUUUGGGCUUGUGCGAUUGCUGAAGGAAGUCCUACCUGACAUGAAGAGGAGGAAAAAAGGCCAUAUUGUGGUCAUUAGCAGUGUCAUGGGUAUUCAAGGAAUUUUAUUCAAUGAUGUCUAUGCAGCAUCCAAGUUUGCAGUGGAAGGCUUUUGUGAAAGCUUAGCAGUUCAGGCCCUGAGAUUUAAUCUCAAUAUCAGCCUGAUAGAGCCAGGUCCAGUGAUAACAGAGUUUGAGCGUAAAGUCUACGAGGAGGGCUUGAAGACUGAUCUCAGCAAGGCUGACAAAGUGACUGCUGACAUGUUCACAAACAUCUACUUGAAGAACUACAAACAAAUCUUUGAAACCCUUGGGCAGAGUUCAGAGGAUGUAGCAGAGCAUACUCACAAGAUCAUCACGAUGGACAAUCCACCUUUUCGUCAUCAGACAAACACUCUUUACACCCCUAUGACCACACUCAAAUAUGCUGACCCCAACGGUGACCUCCCGAUUGAUACAUUUUACAAAAUGGUGUUUGAACAUGACAAGGUCUUCAACGCCAGUCUGAACUUCCUCAAACUUCUACGCUGGAGGAGUCGAAAAAGUUUUACCAUGGAAAAAGACAAGAGCAACUAAUGGAGACUCCAUAUCUCAUCUUAUUUUUGUGAGAUGUUUGAUGUUUGUGAGAACAUCCAUGUAUGGUAUCCUGUAAUUUCCCUUUAUUUUAUUUUUAGCUGUUAACCUUCUGUGUGAUGAAAGAAGCAUAAAAAUGAAAAGAAAUAAAUAAUGGCGAUACUGCAAUCUUUUCUCAUAUGUGUCUGUAAGCUUGGGCUGCAGGAAGUUAAACCACACCCUGGUAGCAUUCAGUUGACUACCAUAUCUG